AGUAGGAAUAGACCCUACAGCAGAUCUACCAUCGAUGGUCUGUUGCUUGGCGUUUCCCGGUAUAUCUUGCCCUCUACACAUCUUCGAACCACGCUAUCGGAAUAUGAUCAGACGGGCCAUCAAUUCUGGUUCUAGGCGAUUCGGCAUGUUCCUUCCUGGUUCAGGUUCUCAUGGUCUUUCUCA